AUAUGUAUCCUACUCUAUCCGAACUGUCGAACGGUCUCGCAGCAGUAUGUAUGCGGUGUCAUAGUGUAUGUAGUACACCGAGUGUAGUACACGCGGUGUCUGAGCGGGGAUUCGAAGAAUUGCGAGAUUCGUCACAAAUUGAUCUGGUUAGCGGUCUUAUUGAACAGUUAUUGAACAGGUCAGAAACAAGCAUAGGUUAGAUUCACGAGGGUGUGGUGGUGUAGAUAAAACGAGAAACGAAAUUUCCGGAUGUCAGAUCGGUCUGCUGAGGGAGCCUCGUUCACGCCCUGAUCGAAAGACGAACAAGCUUGAGGCUUGAGCUGAGAAUAAAACAAAAGAAAAAGGAAAAAAAAGUAUUCCCGGACCAGUGAAUCGAAUACACUCGCCGAGAAAAUGUCAAACGUGGGCAAUCUAGAGCAACAAAUUGCGAGCUUGCAGAUCAAUCAUGGCGAUGAAGCAGCCAAGACUGUUAAGCCUGGCAAAAAGAUUGGACCAGCGGUGCCGCCAAAACCAAAAAAGUCCCAACCUCAGGUACCGCAAAGUUAUACCAUAAAGACUCCGCCUAUGCCAUCCUAUAGCACAGUUCUCAAUAAUACAACUUCAAGUGACAAAACAUCAAAUUUAUACAUGAAUGCACCUUCUCCGUAUGUUCCACUGGACAUAAAGAAUGACUUUUCUCAAAUAGUACCUACAAAUGGCAAGGAAGCAUCGAAACUUUACCAGAAUGACAAUUUGUAUGCAUGUCAGCCAGAAGAAAAAUUUGAACCAAAGUACAGAUAUGAUGAAAAGAAUUAUUAUUCCAACAUUGGAAAUAUGCCAGCUCCACAAGUACCCGUGGAUGAUCGCACGAGCAGAGCUUCCAGGAAUGCGGUAUACAGCAAUAUAGAACCACCAGUACCCAUUCCAGUUCCUACAUACAAGUAUCCUAGCGAAAAUGAGGGAAAGGAUAUUAUAUAUAGCAAUAUUCAGUGGAAUCCUAAAACAGAGAACACAUACUGCAAUGUUCCAUCUGCACAUGGCACUGAUGAUUUACCACCUCCACCAGAGCCAUCAGAAUACGUCUCUUGCGUAUCUGGAAAUUCAUUCCCCCCACCGCCCGAGGAACUGCCUCCGCCACCAAGUCCGGUUUCAUCAAGUUACAGUGAACUACGACGUGCUACUUAUCAAACUGAUUUUUCAUCUGGCAACUAUCCUACUGAUAUUUAUGGUCCGAGUUCUCAAUCUAGCUCGACGUAUGAAUCCAUAUAUGAGCCGAUUAAUCCCAGACCACCAUCGCAAUUGUCCUGCAACUACUCCAUGUAUUCUGGCUAUGGAUCAGCUGUAUCUACUCAACCACAAGGCAAAGUGUCUCCUGUUAAAGAAGUUGAUGUUCUUACGGAUCUAUUAGUCCAAGGAAUGGCAGAUAACAAUGAAGACAGUGAUAUAUAUGGCAUUUGCGCGCAAUGCGGUCGCAAGGUCGAAGGAGAGGGAACUGGAUGUUCAGCGAUGGACAAAGUUUUCCAUAUAAACUGCUUUUGUUGCUUUAUAUGUAAGGUUAAUCUGCAAGGAAAACCUUUCUAUUCAUUGGAAGGAAAGCCCUAUUGUGAAGAAGAUUAUCUCAAUACUCUGGAAAAAUGUUGUGUUUGUACCACGCCGAUACUGGACCGAAUAUUGAGAGCUACUGGUAAACCAUAUCAUCCUGCUUGCUUCUCCUGCGUUGUUUGUGGACAAAGUUUGGACGGCAUACCAUUCACUGUUGACGCUACGAAUCAAAUACAUUGCAUUCAAUGUUUUCACAAGAAAUUCGCUCCGCGUUGCUGCGUUUGCAAGUUGCCUAUUAUGCCUGAGCCUGGUCAGGACGAGACUGUGCGAGUAGUGGCGCUGGAUCGAAGCUUUCACAUUCAAUGCUAUAAGUGCGAGGAUUGCGGAUUAGUAUUAUCUUCCGAUUCAGAGGGACGAGGCUGCUAUCCCCUGGACGAUCAUGUUCUGUGUAAAAGUUGCAAUGCUACUCGCGUUCAAGCUUUAACAUCUCAUAUGACGACCGAAUUAUAAAUUAUACAGUCGCGAUAUAAACUUAUAUUAAACUGCUGAAACUCUUAGAAUAUAAAAGAAAUAUGGAAUCAAGUAUUGAUGUGAUUAACUGCAUAGCGAUAUAAGAUACUGUUUAGUAUAGUAUUAUAAACUUUUUUAUGCAUAUGGUUUCAUAUUGUUAUUCACAGUCUCUAUAUAUUUGGAACCAUAUUUGCUGUCCAUCAACAAAGGAUCGUUUUUUACAAUACUGUAGCUAUUAGCUAGAUUAUAGAAAUUAUGCUGUCCAAGAAAUUAUAUUAUCCUGUUUGGAUAUUUUUAUCACUUGUAA